AUCACCACACGAAACCGUCGAUAGUCCGCUACCAAGUUUUGGAAGACUACGCUCAACUGUUUAUCAUAUUUUCUCAAAAUCAUCUUAAGUGAAAAUAGUGGUGAGACAAGAAAUAAAUCACCAUGGCGAUUAUGCAUAGUUGUUGUUGUUUCUCUAACGUCAGGAGCGGUUCCCUGGCCUGUGGUGUCUUCUCAUUAAUUACCAGCUGCUUCUAUUUAGCGGAAGGGUCCUGGAACUUGGCUCUGGCCGUAAGCGUCCACUCCAAUAAUACAGGACCGGCUAUAGAUGGGACCUAUGCAGCAUACAGUAUUGAUAUUAUCGUCGAUGUUUUUCUUCUCAUCGCAUCCAUUGUUCUCUUAGUGGGUGUGUCCGUGAACAACCGGACGAUGUUGAUUCCUUACAUGGUGGCGAUCAUGGCUGUUAUGGUUUUACAAGCCAUUACAUGGCUUAUUCAAAUAGUAUUCAUUGGAGCCGCAUAUAUCGUGCUGAUCGUGAUCCUUGUCGUCUGGCUCCUAUAUACUGCCUUCAACAUCAUGUGUCUUCUCUGCGUCAUCUCGCAAUACCAAGAACUUAGCGAAGGUCGAGGAAGGGCCAUGCAGGCACAGUGGAGCACCCCAAUUACCGAGCGAUCGUCUCUCGUCCUGUAAACAUCAUUUGCAUAAAAUCAACAUUGUGCACCGAUCGAUGCGAAAAAAAGUAAACAAAUUUCGAAGACAAAUUCUUCAUUAAUGUGAUGAAUAUCAGCAAUCAAAGCUACUAAAUCGAUUAUUUAAUACAUUUGCAAGACAUUCAUG